AUGUCUGAAACCGGCGAUACAGCAACCUCAUCUACCUCCUCAGCUCUUAUCACCCCACUACAUGCAGCAGCCUCGGGUCCGACUCUUCUCCCGGGUCCAGUCGCAUCGCUCGUCUCGGUGGUGUCGAAGUCUGCGUCGGUUUCAAUCCGGCUUGGUUCAUUUGUGGGGGGAGCUGCUCUUGCCGGCGCACGUAUAGGGACCCUGACCGGGUUGGAGCUUGGGAGGGCUGCGAUCGAAGGCAUCCUCCAUAGGGCGGGACAUGACGUUAAUUCUAGAAGACUUGUUGGCGGGAACCAUGUGAAUGGAUGGACCGAGACUGGUAUAAAUAUACUCCGCUCUUCAAUAUCCCUAACCCAGCUUCUACUCUCAACCGGCUUCGAAAUAUCCUCGACUACACUGAGCACCCUCAGCUCAUUCGCUGAAACUUAUGUCCUCACGCUCGACUCGAUAUUCGGCUCAACCGAGUCCUCACGCGCCAUCUCGGCAAUCGUGACCUUGAUGCGCAAGGAGUUCGACGAGAACUCUGAAGGCGAGGGCCGAAUAGGGGCUGCGGAUCUGGUGAUCGGCCUGACCUGCUUUGCAGUCUUGCAGGUGAAAACAAGGGCGAGGCGCGAUAGUGAGAUAGAGACUGAGCUUGUUUGGGAUGUGGUUGUGGACGAGGUGGAAAAGAAAGUUGAUAUCACAUUGGGGCGGAAUCGGGACUUUUCUGGGGAAACUGAAUCCGUUACAUCAUUUUUCGAUAAUGAGGAAAUGGAUUCGGUUUCGGUAUAUAACGGUCAUGAAGACGAAGAUGAGAUUGGAAGUGGAUUGCCACCCAUGUUUUUUGCAAGAUUACCUCCAUCUGCAGAUAUAUCCAUUACAACUUCAUCUACGACCACAAAGACUACAACCGUUGAAGUCACAGGAACAGAGCCUCCAGAUUUCACUCCACCAGAAGGAGCAGUUAUAAUCUCCGAAAGUCACCAAGAUGGCAGUAGACCUCGAUACAAGAUUGUAUAUGAGACUAUCACAAAUAAGAUGGAAAACAAACGAGUGAAAAGAGAAGAUGGGGAGUUUGUCGACUCGGAGGAUGUAGUUAGAGAUAGUGGGAGGGUCGUUGAGGAAAUACCAUCAGACUCGUCAUCAUCAACACUGAUUGAAAUUCCAAGAAGAAAGCCAACUCGUCGCAUAUCUUCGAAGGAUAAUGACCUGCCCACGACCUCAAAAGAUUCCAAAAAGCAUCGAUCAAAAGCUGAACCGAUUGAGGCGAACUCACGAAAACGACUCUCCUCUCACGGUGGAACUUCAGAGAAACACCGAGGUGAGAAGCACAAGCUGCGAGAAUCUGAUGCCGACAGAGAGAAGAGGCACAAGCUGCGAGAAUCUGAUGCCGACAGAGAGAAGAGGCACAAGCUGCGAGAAUCCGAUGCUGACAGAGAGAAGAGGCACAAGCUGCGAGAAUCUGAUGCCGACAGAGAGAAGAGGCACAAGCUGCGAGAAUCUGAUGCCGACAGAGAGAAGAGGCACAAAGAGAAGAAGAGGGAGAAAGAGAAAGGAAAGGAAAAGACGGAGAAGAGAAGAAGGAGUGAAACUUUGUCAGAGGCUCUAGUACCCACUGUCAAGAGAAAGAAUGGGCUGGAAUCACUCGCGGCCUCCCCUAGAAGUGGUGGACGACAUACAAGAUCUGCUACAGAGCCCCCGUUUUCGCCGAACCUCAGGGGCCCUAGUAGACCCACAUCUCCUGAGGCGAGACCGUUCCACAGAAGCAGUUCACGAACGAGGAUGUUUCAUCAAUCAUCAUCUAUUUCGGGGAGGUCUGAGUUCCAUUCAGCUUCCGCGUAUUCUCAAACCGCAAACGUUGAAUCAUUAGAUUCCUAUUUGCCGCAUAGCCAGCACGUGCGAGGAUCUCCUUCAAUUUACACUAUUAGAUCCUCCCAUUCUCAAACUUCUCUUCUUCUAGAAUCGUAUAUCCCCCAUCCCGAUGAAGUAUUCCCAAACGCCCCCAUCUGCAUCAACUUUUCAAAAUACAUGCGGUUCGCAGCAGCCUCGUAUGGCCAAAACUUUAUGCGAUUCCUGGGGCUUGGGUCAACCCCAAUCCUCCCACCCGCAUCUACGCACCACGCGGAGCACCAUGCCUUUUCGCACCACACAGAACUCCCACUCGACACCAUCCUUCUGAGUUCGUUCGUAGAUCCCGGAGGCGGAUAUGACGCAGAGGGAAAUGUAAAUAGCGGUAUUCCACUUGUCCAUUUUGUGGCCGUGGAUCACCCCUCGAAAGCUAUCGUCGUCACCUGUAGAGGCACCCUUGGCCUGGAAGAUGUAUUGACAGAUCUCACAUGCGAGUACCACGACCUGAAUCUUCGGGGGAUCAAAUACAGAGUACAUAAAGGCAUGCUCAACUCCGCCCUUCUACUACUCAGGAAGAAGUCCCGAUUGCUGGUGGUCGUCCAAGCCGCACUGGAGGAGUACCGCGAGUAUGGACUUGUCUUUACUGGCCACUCUCUCGGCGGCGGAGUAGCAGCGAUAAUUGCGAUGCUGCUAUCCUCGCCUUGUAACGGCACAUUCAUAACUAGCAACGCUGCCGCCACCCUGACGGACGGUGUCCGAAUUCCUGAGGGCCGAAAGAUCCACUGUUAUUCAUACGGCACACCGGCAUGCGUAUCGGAGGAACUUCGGCGCGCAACUCGAACUCUCAUCACUACCGUCGUCCACGGCAGGGAUAUAGUACCAUCUCUGUCAUUCGGAAUUAUUCGCGACUUCUGGACAGUUGCGGUUGCGUUCAAGGAGGACAACAAGGGCGCGAAGGCGGAGAUCAGAAGGAGGAUCAUUGAUGGCCUGAGUAGAGGAAACCUAGGGGGAUCUCUCGACCAUGAUGAUUGGGCGUUUGCGGUUAUGAAAACUUUGCGGGCGGCUAUGAGGGCAGAGAAGUUGGUUCCGCCGGGAGAGGUGUGGAAUGUGGUGACGGAGAAGGUAUAUAGAGAGGGGGAUGAUGGGCCUAUAGGGGUGACGGGGAAACUUAGAGUUAAGGCGUUUGUCAUUAGAGAUGUAAAGAAGAGAUUUCAGGAGAUUGGUUUUGGGAGCGGGAUGAUGGCGGAUCAUAGUCCGUAUUGUUACGAGAUGGCAUUGGAUGCCUUGAGGAGGGGAAUGGAGCAAUGA